UCCAAGUCUCCAGUUGUAUCCGCGGUAAAAAAAAUGUUGAAACGAGGCUUUGUUUUAAGAUGUUUAAUUAUUUUUAACUUUCACGUAAACAUUUUUAUAUAUGGACAAAAUUCGACUGCAUCCAACCAAAGUAAAAUGGCGUACAAAAUUGAAGCUUUACCUAGCUCCUUUGCCGAUUUGGGUGAAGGCCCACAUUGGGAUGCAGCUACUCAAAGUCUUUAUUAUGUCGACUUGACCUGUGGAAAGCUUUUACGUUACGAUUACAAUAUAAAGCGAGUUUUCAAAACCAAAAUUAUGGGUGAAGAUUUUGCCAGUUUUGUGAUACCUAUUGAGGGAAAAGAAAAUGAAUUUGCUGUUGGUUGUGGGCGUCGUGUUGUAAUUGUUACUUGGGAUGGUGUUGCCGAAAGCUGUAACGUAACAGGGUCACUGUUUGAAGUUCAAACCAACGACGAUAAAUUUAAGGACAACCGUUUCAAUGAUGCUAAAUGUGAUCCACAAGGACGUCUAUUUGCUGGAACAAUGCGUCAUGGUGGUGAUGAGUUUCAAUACCGUUGGGGUGAAUUGUAUAAAUAUGAAAAUGGAAAAGUUACUCUGGUGAAAUCUGAUGUAGGAAUUUCUAAUGGUUUAGCUUGGGAUGAGAAAACUAAAAAAUUUUAUUAUAUCGACACUACCGAUUAUGAGGUAAAGGCGUACGAAUACAGUUUUGAAAAUGGAACUGCAAAAAAUCCAAAGAUUGUAUUUGAUUUACGUACUCUUGAUCCUAAGGGUAAACUUUUGCCCGAUGGCAUGACCAUCGAUACAGAUGGUAACAUAUAUGUGGCUACAUUCAAUGGUUAUACUAUUUACAAAGUCAAUCCAACUACUGGAGAGAUUUUGCUUGAAAUCAAAUUCCCAUGUAAACAAAUUACAUCUGCCGUAUUCGGUGGUCCAAACUUGGAUAUCUUAUAUGUGACAACGUCAUCAAGAUUUGGAGAACCAGAUCCAGCUGGCAAUACUUAUCAAGUUACUGGUUUGGGGGCUCAAGGUUUUCCAUCAACAAGCAUGAAAAUUUAAAGUUUACCAAAAAA